AUGGCCGUUGCUGGCAACACAAAUACGAACGCAACAGCACUUAAAAGAAAUCUUAGUGGCUCCAUUGUUGAUAAUGACCAUCUUGUCAAUAAUAAUAAUGACGAUGCUGCUGCCAAUGAUGACUAUGAUGAUGAUACACAGACGCCUGCAAUUGCCGCCACCACAAUAACAAAUGCGAAUACAAUUCUCGUAGAAAAAUCACUGGCGACACUGGAACUUCAAUAUUUUAAGGCUGUCUCGCUGUAUCGACGACGAAAUUAUGAAAAAUGUGUUAAGGUGUGCAAUGUUAUGUUGCAAGCGGGUCACGAAAAUAAUGUCCAAAUGUUUAACACACCACCGGAUGCCGAUGAGUAUGAAACAGUAGAAGACCUUCAAAUCAAACGAACAACAACGCCAGCCGUAACAAACGCUACCAACAAUACUGGUGGCGGUGGUGGUGGUGGUGGUGGUGGUGGUGGUGGUGGCUAUAGUAAAGGACUGAUCAGUAAUAACAGUAGCAAUCGUUACAGUAGCAAUUUGCAACGCAUAGCCGUAAGGCAAAGGCAGUGUCAGCAACGAGGCGAACAACGAGUACAACGUAGCAACAAUGUUGCAAAUGCAUCGGUUUCAAUUUCCAAUACCAACGUCGUCACAUCAUCAGCAAAUUCAUGUGCUGUGGAUAGCAUGCCCACAUGGAUGAUGGAAGGCGUUUGGCAAUUAAAAAUGCGUGCACUUACGCAACGCGUCUAUGUCGAUGAUUUAGAAACCAAUGAAACUGACAACCCUGUUAACGAAGAAAUCGAAUUUGAACGCAUCGCUACCGCGGCUAGACCGAAUACUUCAAUUAACCAAGCUUUUGUUCCACGUCCCAGUAGUAGCGUACUAAGAGCUGCGCAAAGCGCAAAGAUCGACUUAAAUGAAAAUGUGGGAAUGAAAGCGAAUACCGCCGGAGAGCAAAUUCGUAAUAUGACAACAAAUUUAAUAACCAGGCCACUGUCAGGCAUGACACGUCCUGGCAGUAGGUGCCUGAGCCAAUCUGGUACUUCGUUCGAUAGCCGGCCAUCAUCGCGAUGUGGUAGUGCUUCUCGUAUCAGAGCAACCUCGGCGGCUGCUUUUUUCGUUGGUGAUAACACUUCUGUCUUGUAUCAGGCUUCGCGUCUAAAUCCCACCAUUUACGCUGAACGCAAAGUUUUAGUUAAAGCUCUUUUUCAAUUCCUCUAUUAUCACGAGAGCGACGUUCCGAAGGCUUACUCGCUUGCCGAGGCUGUUAUGGAAUCUAUGCAUAAGAGAAAGAACGGCUCUUCAAUUUCGAUUCGCUCAUUGAUGAAUUGUGACGAAUGGUGGUGGCAACAACAAAUGGGUCGUUGUUUAUUGGCUAUGCAUUAUACUCGUAAAGCAGAAACCCAUCUUCAUCAUUCAUUAAAUUUAUUUCCGCAUCCCGAUACUUAUUUACUGUUAUCAAGAGUUUACCAGCGUUUAAAACAACCGCAACGUGCUAUGGAUUUAAUACAAAAAGCAGUGGAUCGGCAUCCAUUUGAUAUUAGUUUCCGCUUGGAGCAGGGUCGUCUAUUAGAUUAUAUGGGAAAACAAGAGGAAGGCGUGCAAAUGUAUCGUUUAAUAUCACGUUUAAAUCCUAUAAAUGUUGAGGCCUUAGCCUGCAUAGCAUUAAAUUACUUCUAUGAUAAUAACCCAGAAAUGGCUCUAAUGUAUUAUAGACGAAUUCUCUCGUUGGGCAUCCACUCGGCUGAACUAUAUUGUAAUAUUGCUUUGUGCUGUUUGUAUGGCGGUCAGAUUGAUUUGGUAUUGCCAUGUUUUCAAAGGGCUUUAGCUUCUGCUGAGACUGCUGAUCAAAAAGCUGAUAUCUGGUAUAAUUUAAGCUUUGUAGCCAUAACCACUGGCGAUUUUCAUUUAGCUAAACGUUGCUUAAAAUUGUGCCUAACUUCAGACGCACAGAAUGGUGCAGCCCUUAACAAUUUAGCUGUGCUGACUGCUCAAAUGGGCGACAUAUUAAAAGCUAAAUCUUACCUGACCGCGGCAAAGGAAAGUCUACAUAAUUCCCAAGAAAUUGAGAAUAAUUUGAAAUAUAUGGAAGAACAUUAUAAACUAUAGAAAAAAUGUAAAAUGUUUUUAACGAAGUCAUCCCUUUUCGUU